AUGCGGCCUCGACCUGCUUUUAUUACGACUCCAAUAUUUUACCCCAAUGCGAAGCCUCAUCUCGGUCAUGCCUACACCCUCUGUAUAGCCGACGCGUGGUCACGCUUCUUUGCCAUGCGACAACAUCCUAGUCUUCAAGCCUUCCCCCCUCGACGUGUUUUCCUGAGACCACCGCCUGCACGAACCAGCUUCCUCUGCACCGGUGUCGACGAACAUGGCAGCAAAGUGCGUCGCUCGCACAGCAGCCACUUUCGGCUGCUCCCCAAAGGAUCUCUGCGACCGUAUAUCAUUGACUUUCAAGGCAGGCUCAGCGUUCCUUAUAAAAGUACUUCAUUUCAGGACCUCUGUGAGAACUUGAACAUCUCUACGGGUGCCUUCAUUCGAACCACCAGUGAGGCGCACAAAAACACGGUUUGCGAAGCUUGGCGAUAUCUGGAACGAUCAGGCUACCUCUACUGGAACACUUUUGCUGGAUGGUACUCGAUUAGUGACGAGACUUUCUACGCCGAUUGGGAGGUCACAGACUCCCCUUCCUCCAGUGGGGUCAAGGUUGCAAAAGCUACACAUAGCGUGGUUAACUGGGUGGAGGAGAAGACCUGUCGAUUUCGUCUCUCAUCUUUUAAGGAUCAACUUCACAUUUGGCUGGACUCGGGAGUCCUCCCUGACAAAUCGCAAGAACAUGCUCGACUACUAGCGCUGACUCACUCCAGUCUCGAUCUUCUCGAAGAUCCCUCUAUCUCGCGCCCCAGCUCAAGAGUGUCCUGGGGCAUUCCCGUUCCCGACAGACCCGACCAAACAAUCUACGUUUGGUUCGAUGCUUUGAUGAGCUACCUAACGGCGGGAAAGGUUUCGUUGAACCCCACAGAGAAUAAGGAUGCGAUAUGGCCACCGGAAUGUCAGUUUAUUGGCAAGGAUAUCCUGCGUUUCCAUGCCAUACUUUGGCCAGCGAUUUUGCUAGCAUUGGGACUCCCAUUGCCCAAGAAGAUCAUCCCACAUGCACAUAUUCUGGUGGAGGGUACAAAGAUGUCCAAGAGCCUAAGCAACGUGGUGAGUCCAGUAGACAUGUUGAAGUACUUUUCCGCGGCUUUUGCUGCCGCCUCUCCCACUCGUCUCAGUGACGAAGAGGUGCGCGCAACGGCUGUUGACUGCCUUCGCUACUGCCUCGUGCGCAGCGCCUGUCUCAACGAGGACACUACCUUCAGCCUCCCCCUGGCCACCGAGACUGUCAACACAGAACUUGUCAACUGGGUGGGAAAUCUGCUCUCUAGAAUCACUUCGAGGAAGAUCAUUUCAGCUCAAACCGUGCCGAUGUUAGAUCUAGUGGAGGCGCAGGCCUUCAUGUCUGAUGCUCUGCUUCAUCGGAAUCUUAACUUGGAAUUGGAGACGAAGAACUCACUUUUCAUGAAACAAUUUGUAAUCUUCAUGCUUGUUUUGCAAACUCGGUACACGCGGUUUGCAGUGGAGCAGUUCUCUAUUUUCAGCCUCAGAUGUCUCCCCGAUACCUUUGAUACACUGUGGUGGGAGCGCCUGCAACCACACCACUCAGUGGACGCGUUGAUGAAGGUGGUACGAAAAACUAAUGCCUUUGUCGAUCGCCAUCAGCCCUGGGCGAGUGUUGCUGUUGACGACGUGAUGGCAAAAACAGUCGUCGGGGUCACCCUAGAGGCCCUUCGAUUAAUUGGUUGUCUUCUUGCUCCCCUUACCCCUUCCUUAUCCGACCGACUGCUGCGCCGCCUCGGAAUCCGGCCGGACGCGUUGAGGUGCUCCUCUUGGCAUUUGGACUUGGAUGACCAAUCCCUUCACCGACCCCUUGUGCCUCGAAUUAAAGUGUGA